CAAAAUCUUGCCGUUGGAGACAACAAAAGACUUUCACUUCACUUACAACACAAUCUCUCUCGCCGGACCGGCGACAUCUCCGAUUACGAUCACCACCAUCCCAUCAAUGGCUGCAAAUGACACCACCAACACCCCAAAGAAAAAAAAGACUAAAAAAACUCAACUCAGUCAAACUGAGUCAACUCACUCCCAAGAACCCCUACAAGAUGAUACCAAUAAUCAACCAGAAGAAAAGAUCAAAAAGCCUUCAACACCCAAACGCACAAAAUCACCAGGUGUUCGUGUCAUUGGCAGCAGAAUUUAUGAUUCUAAAAAUGGAAAAACCUGUCACCAGUGUAGACAGAAAACCUUGGAUGUUGUAGUAACUUGUACAAACCAGACUAAUAACAAGCAAUGUCCACUUAAAUUGUGUAAAGCUUGUCUGCAGAACAGAUACGGAGAGAAUGUUGAAGAAGUUGCUGCAUCUGGUGAUUGGAUAUGCCCGAGAUGUAGAGGUAUUUGCAAUUGCAGUUUUUGCAUGAAAAAGAGAGGAUUUGCUCCAACUGGGGUGCUUGUUCAUACUGCUAAGCAGAAUGGCUGUGCUUCGGUUUCCAAUCUUUUAAUUAAUAUUAACGACCCUACGGUUACUAAGGAAAUCAAUGGUCGGAAAAGGGGAAGUGUUUCUAUUAAGGAGACAACAGAUGAACCAGAAACAAAACGUGUGAAGGAAGAAAACGAUAGCGUAAGUGAGGAGAAUGAAAAAGAAAAGAUGGCAGAGGAUAUGAAAGAAGAGCAUAACAUUGUGGAGAUUGAACUACCACAGGGUACAGAGUUAACCAAUUUAGAAGGCAUUGACUUGCCUUCCGGAGAUGUUGGACAUGCUUUGCAGUUAUUAGAGUUCUGCGAAACAUUUGGAGAGGUUCUUGAUUUAAAGAAAGGAGACCCUGAGAUUUUACUUCGUGAAUUAACUUGUGCAAAUGCACAUAAAAGAAAUAAACCAUUAAUUGUUGAUUUUCAUAUCAGAUUGCUCUCUUUAAUAGGUGAAGAUUCGGGUAAAAAAUAUUCUGGGGAAUCAUGGGUGGAAGAUUUUCAAAAAUGUAUUAUUGAAUCCAAAUUUCCAUCAAAAGAGAGUCUCUUGGAGGGUUUUAACUUGCAACCUAAUGGAUACGAUGACAUGAACUUUUCAAAAAAGCUCAGGCUUCUAAACUUUUUAUGCGAUGAAGCUCUUGAAACUGUAAAGAUGAGAUUGUGGAUUGAGGAGCGAAACAUAGAAGAAAAAAAGAAAGCCAAAGAGAGGGUGAUUGCUAAUAGAGAAAAGGAGAAAAACAUGAAGAAGAAGGUUCAAGAUGAGGUAGCAAAAGCUAUCUUACUACGGAAUGGGAUCCCGCUUUCCAUUUCUGAACAAAAAGAUCUUGUUUCAAGAAUUAAGGCUGAAACUGCUCAAACUCUUGCAAAUUCUCUAGAUAUGAGAGAUGUAGCUCAAGAAUCAUACGUAGUUAGAUUAGAACCCGUAUGUUUGGACAGAAAUGGCUUCAAACUCUGGAAAUUGAGAAGCAGUUCUGAUAAAAUUGGUAUCUUGCUUCAAGAUUCUUGUUAUCGCGAUAUGCUUACUUCUGAUGAAAAGUGGUUUGCUUACAAUGAUCAAGAAAAAGCAUUGGUUGACCAAUAUAUUUCUACAUCAAGGAACUUUAGAGAAUGAUUUGAAGUGUUCUUGUUGCUGUCUUGGUUACAUACUACACCUACUUAGCAUUGAGUAUUACUAAAAUAGUCCUCCUCUUUUGUUCGUUUAUGUGCCAAGUAACUUAUUACAAAACUGAUGUUAGCAUGUAAAUGCAGCAUUCUUUUAAAUAUAAUAUUAGCAGUUAGAUUAUUAGAUA